CAGGAAGAGGGAAAAUACAGCGAUAAAAACAAAACGACGCAUACAGUUUGUAGGUUUUGAAGAAAACUGCCUAAACAGGGCACAGUUUGCUUUCAGAGUAACGUUACUACUUGAAGAACUUUUUUCAACCUGCAGCGGCUCUAAACGAACCGGCAAAAAAUAGAACCAGACACUAUCGGCGAACCACAAGCUAGCACUAGCGCAGACGGCUAACUAGCCUGCUAGCAUCUUCAGGGAAUUCUGACGUAGCGUGAGUUUUGCAGCAUACCAGCACUAACUUUAAUCAGCUAUCAUCUACCUGAAAGACUAAACAUGUCGGAAGACUACGAAUUCAGUGAAGACCCGACCAUGAUGAGAAUGGAGGAGGAUGGAGAAGCCAACAGUGAUGACCCGAUGUCUGCCGGUUGUGAGUCUGGCCUGGCGGGGGGAGAGGCCGAAGGAUCCAGAAUUGACGCCAGUAAAAAUGAGGAGGAUGAGGGGAAAAUGUUUGUUGGAGGCCUCAGCUGGGACACAACCAAGAAAGACCUGAAAGAUUACUUUACCAAGUUUGGCGAAGUUGUAGACUGCACACUAAAACUCGACCCCAUGACUGGCCGUUCAAGGGGCUUUGGUUUUGUGCUCUUCAAAGAACCUGAAAGUGUUGAUAAGGUUGCCUCACAGAAGGAACAUAAACUAAAUGGAAAAGUCAUUGACCCCAAAAAGGCCAAAGCAAUGAAGAGUAAGGAACCCGUGAAGAAGAUCUUUGUUGGAGGUCUUUCUCCAGACACUCCUGAAGAGAAAGUCAGAGAGUAUUUUGAUGCCUUUGGAGAGGUGGAGUCAAUUGAACUUCCCAUGGAGAACAAAACAAACAAAAGGAGAGGCUUCUGCUUCAUAACUUUCAAUGAUGAGGAGCCAGUUAAGAAGAUCAUGGAGAAGAAGUACCAUAAUAUUGGACUAAGCAAGUGCGAAAUCAAAGUGGCCAUGUCCAAGGAGCAGUACCAGCAGCAGCAGUACUGGGGAGGCAGAGGUGGAUACUCUUCCAGGUCACGAGGAAGAGGUGGUGGUCCCAGUCAAAAUUGGAACCAGGGUUAUGGCAACUACUGGAAUCAAGGCUAUGGAAAUUAUGGAAAUUAUGGAUACAGUAAUCAAGGAUAUGGAGGAUACGGAGGCUAUGAUUACUCUGGUUACAACAACUACUAUGGUGGAUAUGGUGACUACAAUAAUCAGUCUGGUGGAUAUGGCAAGUCGCCAAGGCGUGGUGGUCACUCAAACAGUUACAAGCCGUAUUGAUGGGGAAAACCCUCCAGAUCAGUAGGUAUGUAAAAACACACAAUACUACUUGCUUUAAACUUAAGUAGUUACAUUUACUUUGCUGUUUGGUAACUUUAUGCAUAAUUUCCUCUUAUAAAUUUCUUUUUCUCAGCACCCACAAGUGCUUUACAGUAGUGGUAACAUAGAGGCUACACUGUUGUGGCGAUUAUUUUAACACAGCCGGCCUUCUGCUGCCUCUUUUGCACCUUCUUUUUUUUUAACUGUAAAGUUAACAGGUAAAGUACUGCUACUACAGUAAAUGGAUGCCAAAGUUAAGGAUGUGCAAGGAAACAGAAAAGGAAGUAUGUUGUCUCCUAACUCUGACAUACCUUGUUUGUACCUGCCAGCGGAGCUUCCUUGCAGGCCAUGAGCUGACUCCCAGAUACUCUCAGGGCCCGCUCAAUGCGGACCGGGUACGAGAAGCAUACGCUCUCGAAUGCUGCCAUUUGGUAUGGUCUUACAACAUCCUGUAUCAGCAUUUCUAAACUAAACAAUAUGGGACACGUCCAGCUUUGUCAUCUUUCUUUCUAUUUUAAUUUGUUUGCAAAUGUAUGUAAUGUAAAACGUAAAAUAUACACAUGUAAUUGUCAUUUUUUACAGGCCCUUACUCCCCCACAAGUAAUGAUUAUAAAUAUGAUAAAAUAACAAUUUGCUUUUCAAAGGAUACGUACAGCUUUCUCUGGACUUUCCAGUUCCUAUUGUUAAUAUAUGCAUUCCUAAUCUUACCUAAAAUGCUUGUUUCUUUAUUUAGCUCUUGUAGCCAGUAGUCCAUGAGCUAAAACCUGGUUCGUAUUGGACUCUACUGUGUUGGGGGAUAAAGUGCUUUACUUUUCUGUACAUGUAUUACUCUGUUUUUUGUUACUGACAGCGAUGGAAAAGACUCCUCUAUAAUUUUCCUGUAACAAAUUUUCCUCUUAACCUUUUGUAAAACAAGAAGAAUCAAAGUGUCAUUACAUUUCCAGAAAUUUGCAUGUAAUGCUUUCUUUAAUGUGUAUUUUUUUUGACCAAUUGAAGGUUUCUUCCAUUUAGUAUUUUGGCUUUGACUUCAAUUUAUUGCACUUCAGGAUUUCUAGCUUAUGGACUAACUUUUUGUAACUGUAAAAUGUUAAAAUAAUUGUUCUCAGUUUGCUUUUUACAUUGGACAUUAUAAACACGAGGGAUUCCUAUUUUUGUGGUGUAAGCCUGACGGUAAUUUUUUUCAUCUAUAGCUAAAUUGUUUUUGUUUGUUUUUCAUAGGUUUCAGAGUGUUCAAAGACUGCUGUCGUGAGGACAGGAGGAGCGUUUUCCAGAGAGAUGAUGGUAUCCAGCAAAGUUCAUUUGUAACUGGAUUUAAAAAAAG